GCCCUCCCCUCCUCGUCCUCUGCAGUCAUUGACUGGCUUUCUGUUGCUGUGUCGCGACGCUCUCACUCCUCACAUGCUAAGGCCUUUGCAGCAAUCUUUGCGUCUCCCAUAUCGACCUCUCCGCACAGCGCGGCUACUACCGUCUGUCUCUGCCGUGAGGUCCCUCGCCACGCACUCCAGUCACUCCGAGGCUGGAGUGGCAGACCCGGCUGCUUAUUGCAAGGACUAUGUGCGCAAACGGGACUAUGAGAGUUACCUCAUUGGAGGCUUCUAUCCCCGACACCUGCAAGGCCCAUUCUUCGCGCUUCGCGCCUUCUAUGUGGAGCUGGCUUCUAUACAGGACAACGUCACCAAUUCUAUGAUCGGCAAAAUGCGCCUGCAGUUCUGGCGGGACGCCAUCAAAAGCAUCGCUGAUGGCAGACCGCCACAACAUCCCAUUGCGCUGGCAUUAUAUGAUGCUUCACAGAGGGCAAACUUCCCUGCAUAUCACUUCCGCAGGAUCAUUGAUGCACGGGACGCUGAGCUGCACACACCCACGCACCUCACCGUGGAAUCCUUGACAAGACACGCCGAGUCGACAGCAUCGACAUACUUCUACCUCCUGUUGUCAUUGCUAAACCUAUCGUCAUCGGAUACGUUCUCCCAUGCCGCAUCCCACCUCGGAGUCGCACAGACCAUCCAGGUACUGCUGCGCGCCCUGCCUUAUCAUGCAUCUAAAGGGAGGAUGAUCAUCCCCGCCGAAAUCACUGCCCGGCACGGCGUUCGCCAAGAGGAUGUCUUCCGCAGGGGUGGGAACGCGGACGGCAUCUCCGACGCCGUCUUUGAGUUCGCGACAGUCGCCAACGACAACUUGCUCACCGCACGCGAGAUGUUCAAACAGUCAAGUGGCGGGGAGGGCGGGACGGUACCGCGGGUGGCCAUGCCGGUCUUCCUUUACGGGCUACCGACGCGAGAUUACCUCGGACGCCUCGAGGCGGUGAAUUUUGACGCGUUCGCCCCGUCUGUACAGUUGCGAGACUGGAAGUUGCCGUGGAAAAUCUGGCGGGGUUACUACAAGGGAGACUUUUGACGCUAGGGCUAGUGCAGGCGGUAGAAGUUGGCAUCGGGCACCCCGGCAGGGGUGGGCUGGCCCAGGCUGUGGUGCUUAGCAGGAUAUUGUGGUUCCGCCAAUAUAUUACACGUCUUUC